AUGGUGGUGUUGUGGUUUGUGUGGGGUUUGGUGGGUUGGGUGGUGGGUGGUGGGGGUGGGGGUGGGGGGUGGGGGGGUGGUGGUGGGGGUGUGUUUGGGGGUUGGGUGGGGGUGGGGGGUGUGGGGGGGGGGGUUGUGGGUGGUGGGGGGGGGGUGUGGGGGGGUUGGGUUGGGUUGGGGUGGUGUUGGUUUGUGGGUGGGGGGGGUGGGGGUUGGUUUGUGGUUGGGGGUGGGUGUGGAUUUGUUUGGGUGGGGGGGGGUGGUUUAGUGGUGUGGUGGUUGUGGGGUUAUUGGAGGGGGUGGUGUGGGGGGGGGUUGGGUGGGGGGGGUAGUGGUGGGUGUGGGUGUGGUGUUUGUUUGUGGGGAUGGGGUGUGGUGAUUUUGGUUUGGGGGGGGUGGUUGUUUGGGGGGAUGGUUGAUUUGUGGUGGUUUGGGUGUUGGGUGGGGGUUUGUGGUGUUGUUGGGGUUUUUGUUGGGUUUGUUUUGGAUUUUGGGAGUGGGAUUUUGUUAGUGGUGGGGGGGGGGGGGUUUUUGGGUGUUUGGGUGUUUGGGUUUUUUUUGGUGAGGGUGUUUUUGUGGGGCUUUGUUUUGGGGGGGGUUUUUGUGUGGGGGGUGUGGGGAGUUGGGGGGGGUUUUGGUUUGGGUUUGUGGUGGGUAUUGUGGGGGUGUGUAGGGGGGGGGGGUGUGUGGGGGGGGUUGGGGUGUUGGGGUGGGGGGGGGGUGGGGGUGGGUUGUGUGGGGGGGGGGGGGGGGGGUGUUGGGUUGGUGGUGGUUGUUUGGGUGGGGGGUGGGGGGGUGGUGGGGGGUGUUUUGUGGGUUGUGGGUUGUGGGGGGUUGUGUUGUGGGUGGGGGUGGUUGGGUGGUGGUGUGGGGGUGUGGGGGGGGGGGGGGUGGUUGUGGGGGGGGGUGGUGGGGGGGGGGGUGGGGGUGGGGGGGUGUUGUGGGUGGGGGGGGGGGGUGGUGGUUAGUGGGGGGGGGGGGGGUGGGUGGGGGGGGGGGGUUGGUUGGGGGUGGGGGGGUUGGGUGGUUGGGUGGGGGUGUUGGGGGGUUUGGUGGUUUGGGGUGAGGGGGGGGGUGGUUGGGGGGGGUUUGGGGGGGGGUGGGGUUGUUGGUGGGUUGGGGGGGGUUGGGGGGGGGGGUGUUGUGUGGGGUGUGGGGGGUGGUGUGGUGUGGUGUGGUGGUGAGGUGAGUGGGUGGUGGGGGGUUGGGGUGGUGGGGGGGUGUGGUGGGUGUGGGGUUUGUUUGUGUUGGUGGUGGGUUGGGGUGGGGUGGUGUUGUGUGUGGGGGGAGGGGUUUGUGAGAUUGUUUGGUUUUUGUUUUGUUUGUUGUGAUGUUUGGUGGUGGGGGGUGUGGGUGGAGGGGGUUGUUUUUUUUGGGAAGUGGGGGGGGGGUGUGGGGGUGGGGGUUGUGUGUGGGGGGGGGUUGGUUUGGUUGUUGGUUGUUUGGUUUUGGGGGUUGGGGUGUGUGGGUGGUUGGGGGGGGUGGGGUUGGUGUGGGGGGGGGGGGGGGGGGGUGGGGGUGGGGUUGUGGUGGGGGGGGUUGGGUGGUGGGGGUGGGGGUGUGGGGGGGGGGGGUGGGGGGGGUGAGAUUGGUGUGGGGGGGUGGGGGUGGGGGGUGGGGGGGUGGUGUGUUGGGGGGGGGGGGUGGGGGUGGUUGAUGGGGGGGUUUGUGGGGGGGGGUGUGGGGGGGGGUGGGGGGUGGGUUGGUUGGGGGGGGGGGUGGGUGGUGUGGGGUGUGUUGUUGGGGGUUGGGGGGGGGGUGUGGGUGGGGAUGUGUGGGGGGGGGGGUGGUGGGGGGGUGGGGGGGUGGGGGGGUGUGGGGGUGGUGGGUGUGUGGUGUGGGGUGGGGGGUGGGGUUUGGUGUGUUUGGGGUGGGUGGGGGGGGGGGGUGGGGGUGGUGGGGUGGGGGGGGGGUUGUUUUUGGGGGGUGUUGGGGUUGGGGUGGUGUGUGUGGUGUGUUAUGGUGGGGGGGGGGGGGGGGGUUGGGGUGUUGGGGUUGGUGUGGGGUGUUGGGAGUUUGGUUGUUGGGGGUGGGGGGGUUGGUUGGGGGGGGGGUGGGUGGUGGGGGGGGGGGGUGGGUGGUGUGGUGUGGGUGGGGUUGGUGUGUGUGGUGUGGGGUGGUUGUUUGGGUUUGGGUGGUGGUGGGGGGGGUGGGGGUUGGUGGGUUGGGGUGGUGGGUUGGGGGGGUGGGGGGUUGUGGGUGGGGUGGUGGGGGGGGGGGUGGGUGGGGGUGGGGGUUGAUUGGGUGGUGGGGGGUUUGUGGUGGGGGGGGGGGGGGGGGUGGGGUGGUUGGGGGGUGGGGGGGGUGUUGGUGUGGUGGGGGUGGUGUGGUGGGGGGUGGGUGGUGGGUUUGGUGGGGGUGGGUUGGGGGGGGGGGGGGGGGGGGGUUGGGGUUUGGGUGUUGGGGGUGAUGGGGGGGGUGGUGGGGGGUGGGGGGGUGGGUGGGGUGUGUUGUGGGGUUGGGGUGGUGGGGGGGGGGGGGGUUGUGGUGGUGUGGGGGUGGGUGGGGGUUUUGUUUUUGGGGGGGGGGGGGGGGUUGGGGGUGUUGUGUGUGUUGUGGGGUGUUUUUUGGGGUUUGUUGUGGGGGGGUGGGGGGGGGGUGUGGUGGGUGGGGUGGGGUUGGGGGGUGGGGGGGGGUGUGGGGGGGGGUUGGGGGGGGGUGGGUGGUUGGUUUUGGGGGGGGGGGGGGGGGGGGGGGGGGGGUGGGUGGGGGGGGGUGGGGUUGUGUGGGGGGGGUGGGGGGGGGGGGGGGGGGGGGUUGUGUGGUGUGGGUGGGGGGGGGGUGGGUGUUGUGGGGGUGGUUGUGGGGGGGUUGGGUGUGGUUGGUGUUGGGGGGGGGUGGGGUGGGGUUGGGGGGGGGGUGGGGUUGUUGGGGUUGUGGGGGGUGGGGGGGGUGGGGUUGGGGGGGGGGGGGGGGGGGGUGGUGUGUUUGGGGUGUGGGGUGGGUGGGGUGGGGGGGGUUGGGGGUGGGGGGGGUUGUGUGGGGGUUGGGGGUGGUGGGGGGGGGGGGGUGGGGGGGGGGGUUGGUGUGGUGUUUUGGGUGGGGGGGGGGUGGGGGGGGGGGGUGGGUGGGGGGGGGGGGGUGGGGGUGGGGGGGUGGGGUUUGGGUGGGGGGGGUGUGGGUGGGGGGGUGUGGGUUGGGGUGGUGGGGUGUGGGUUGGGGGGGGUGGUGUGGGGGGGUUUGGGGGGUGGGGGGUUUGGUUGGGGUUUGUGUGUGGGUGGGAUGUGGGGUGUUGUGGUUGUUUGGGGGGGGGUUGGGGUGGUGGGGGGGGUGGUGGGGGGGGUGUGUUGGGGGGUGUGUGGGGGUUGGGGGUGGUGUGUUGGUGUUGUGGGGGGUUUUGGGGGGUGGGGUGGGGGGGUUUGGGGGGUGGGGUUGGGUUGGGUUGUGGUGGGGGUGUUGUGGGGGGUUUGUGUGGGGUGGGGGGGGGUGGGGGGUUGGGGGGGGGGUGGUGGGGGUGGGGGGGGGUUGGUGUGGGGUGGGGUGGGGUGGGGGGGUUGGGGGGGGGGUUGGGGGGUGUUGGGGUGGGGUGGGGGUGUGGGUGGGGGUGGUGGGGGGUGGGGGGGGGGUGUUGUGUGGGGUGGUUUGGGGGGGUGGGGGGGGGUUGGGGGUGGUUGGUGGGGGGGGUUGGGGGGGUUGGUGGGGGGGGUGGGGGGGGGGGGGGGUGGGGGGGGGGGGGGGGGUUGGGUGGGUGGGGGUGGUUGUUUGUGUUUUGUGGUUGUGGGGGGGGGGGGUGGGGGGGGGUGGUGGGGUGUGGUGUUGGUGGGUGGGGGGGGGUUGUUGGUUGGGUGGGGGGUGGGUUGUGGGUGGUGUGGUUGUUGGGGUGGUUUGGGGUUGGGGUGUGGUUGGUGGGGGGUUGGGGGUGUUGGUGGGGUAGUUUGGGUUUGUGGUUUGGGUGUUUGGGGGGGGGGUGUGGGUUGGGGGGGGGUUUGGUGUGGGUGGUGGGUGGGGGGGGGGGGGGUGGGGGUUUUGGGGGGGGGGUGGGGGGGGGUGUGUUUUGGUGGGGGGGGGGUUGUGGGGGGGUUGGGUUGGGGGGGGUGGGGGGGGGGGGGGUGGGGGGUGGGUUGGUGGGUGGGGGGGGGGGGGUGGGGGGGGGGGGGGGGUGUUGGGGGGAGGGGUUGGGGGUGGGGGGGGGGGGGGUGGGGUGGGGUGUGUGGGGGGGUGGGGGGGGGGGGGUGGGGGUGGGGUGGGGGGGUGGGGGUUUUGGGGUUUGGGGGGGGUGGGGGGGGGGUUGGUGUUGGGGGGGGGGGGGGUGUGGGGUGGUGGGUGGUGGGGGGGGGGGGUUGUUGGGGGGGGUGGGGGGGUGGGGUGGGUGGGGGGGGUUGGGGUGGGUUGGGGGGGGGUGGGGUGGUUUGGGUGUGUGGUUGGGGGGGGGUGGGGGUGGGGUGGGUGGUGGGUGGGGGGGGGGUGGGGGGGGGGGGGUGGGGGGGGGUGGGGGGUUGGGGGUGGGGGGGGGGGGGGGUGGGUGGGGGUGUUGGGGGGGGGGGUGGGGGGGGGGGGGGGGGGGGGGGGGGGGGGUGGGGGGGGGGGGUGGGGGGGGGGGGUGGGGGGGGGGGGGGGGGGGUGGUGGGUGGGGGGUGGGGGGGGUGUGGGGGGGGGGGGGGGGGGGGGGGGGGGGGGGGGGGGGGGGGGGGGGGGGGGGGGGGGGGGGGGGGGGGGGGGGGGGGGUUGGGGGGGGGGGGGUGGGGGGGGGGGGGGGGGGGGGGGGUGGGGGGGGGGGGGGGGUGGGGGGGGGGGGGGGUGGGGGGGGGGGGGGUGGGGGGGGGGGGGGGUGGGGGGGGGGGUGGGGGUGGGGGGGGGGGGGGGUGGGGGGGGGGGGGGGUGGGGGGGGGGGGGUGGGGGGGGGGGUGGGGGGGGGGGGGGGUGGGGGGGGGGGGGGGGGGUGUGGGGGGGGGGGGGUGGUGGGGGGGGGGUGGGGGGGUGGGGUGGGGGGGGGGGGGGGGGUGUGGUGGGUGGGUGGGGGGGUGGGGGGGGGUGGGGGGGGGGGGGGGGGGAGUUGGGGGGUUUGUGGGGGGGGGUUGUGUGUGGGGGUGGGUUGGUGGGGGGGGGGGGGUGUGUGGGGGGGUUGGGGGGUGGUGUGGGUGGGGGGUGGGGGGGUUGUGGUGUUGUGGUUGGGUUGUUUGGGGUGGGGGUGGGUGGGGGUGUUGGGGGGGGUGUUGGGGGGGGGGGGGGGGGUUUGUGUGGUGUGUGUUGGUGGGGGGGGGUGGGGGGGGGGUUUGGGGGGGGGGGGGGGUGGGGGGGGGGGGGGGGGGGUGGGGGGGGUGGGGGGGGUGUGGGGGGGGGGGUGGUGGUGGGGGGGGGGGGGGGUGGGGGGGUGUGGGGGGGGUGGGGGGGGGGGGGGGGGGGGGUGGGUGGGGUGUUGGGUGGGUGGUGUGUGGGUUGGGUGGUGGGGUUGGGGGGGGUGUGGGGGGGGGGGGGGGGGGGGGGGGGUGGGGUGGGGGGGGUUUGGUUGUGGUUUUGUUUUGUUUUUGGUUGUUUUUUGGGUGUUUGUGUGUUGUUUUGGUUGUUUUUUUGGAUUUGUUGUUUUUGUGUUUGGUUUGUUGUUUUUUUGUGGUUGGUUUUUUGUUGGUUUUUUGGGUUUGUUGUUUUUGUUGGGUUUUUUUGUGGUUAUUUGUGUGGGUGGGGGGGGGGGGGGGUUUUUUGUAUGGGUUUGUGUGUUUGGUGGUUGUUGGUUUUUGGGGUGUGGUUUGGGUUGUGUUGGUUGUGGUGUUUGGGGGGGGGGGUUUGUUGGGGGGGGGGGGUUUGGUUGGGGGUGGUGUGGGGGGGGGGGGGGGGGGGGGGUGGGGUGUUUUGGGGGUGGGGGGUGGUUUGGGUUGGGGUUGGGGGUGGGGGGUUGGUUUUGGUUGGUUUGGGGGGUGGGGUGGGGGGGUGGGUGGUGGGGGGGGGGUGGGUGGGGGGGGGGGGGGUGGGGUGUUUGGGGGGUUUGUGGGUUUGGUUUGUGUGGGGUGGUGGGGGGGUGGGGGGGGGUUUGGGGGGGGGGGGGGGGGGGGGGGGGGGGUUGGGGGGGGGGGGGGUGGGGUGGGGUGUUGGGGGUUGGGUUGGUGGUGGGGGGGGGGGGUGGGGUUGGGGGGGGGGGGGGUGGUGGUUGGGGGGGUGUGGGGUUGGGGGGUGGGGUUGUGGGUGGGUGGGGGGUGGGGUGGGGGUGGGGGUGGUGUGGGGGGGGGGGGGGGGGGGUUGUGGGUUUUGUUUGGUGGGGGGGGGUGGGGGGGGGGGUUGGGUUGGGGGUGGGGGGGGGGUGGGUGGGGGGUGUUUGGGUUUGGGGGGGUUGGGGUGGGGGGGGGGUGGGGUGGUGGGGGGGGGUGGGUGGUGGGGGGUGGGUGGGGGUGGGGGGGGGGGUUUGUGGGGGGUUGUUUGGUUGGGUGGUGGGUGUGGGGUGGGGGGUUUGGGGUGGGGGGGGGGGUGUGGGGGGGGGGGGUGGGGGGGUGGGUGGGGUUUGGGUGGGGGGGGGGGGGGGGGUGGGGGUGGGUGUUUGUUGGUGGGGGGGGGGUUGGGUUUGGGUGGGGGGGGUGGGUGGGUGGGGGGGUGGGGGGUGGGGGGGGGGGGGUGGGGGGGGGGGUUGGGGGGGUGGGUGUGUUGUGGUGGUGGUGGGGGGGGGGAGGGGGGGGGGUGGGGGUGGGGGGGGGGGGGUGGGGGGGGGGGGUGUUGGGUGGUGGGGGUUUGUGGGGGUGGGGUGGGUUGGGGGUGGGGGGGGGGGUUUGGUUGGGGGUGUGUGUUGUUUUGGGUUUGGUGGGGGGUGUUGUGGUGUGGGUGUGGGUUGUUGUUUGGGUGUUGGUUUUGUGGGGUGUUUGUGGUGGUGUGUGUGGGGUUGGUGGGGGUGGUUGGGGGGGGGGGUGGGGGUGGGGGUGUGUUUUGGGGGUGGGGGGGGGGUGGGGGUUGGGGGGGGGGUGUUGUUGGGUGGGGUGGGGGGUGUGGUGGGUGGGGGGUUGGGGUGGUUGGUGGGGUGGGGGGGGGGGGGUGGGUGUGGGGUUUGUUGGUGGUGUUGGGGGGGGGUUGGGGGGGGGGGGUGGGGGGGGUGGGGGUUGGGGGGGGGGUGUGGGUUGGGGUGGUGGGGGGGGGGGGGGUGGGUUUUGGUGGGUGGGGGGUUUGGGGGUGGUGGGGGGGGGGUGGGGGUUGGUGGGGGUGGGGUGGGGGGGGUGUGUUGUUUGUUUGGGUGAUGGGGGGUUGUGGGGGGGGUUGGGUGGUGUGGUGUGGGGGGUUGUGGGGGGUGGUGGGGGGGUGGGGGUGGGGGGGGUGGUUGGGGGGGGGGGGGUGGGGGUGGGUGGGGGGGGGGUUUUGGGUUGGGUGGGUGGGGUGGGGGGUGGGGGGUUGGGUGGUGUUGGGGGUGGGGGGGGGGGGGGGGGGUUUUUGGGGGUGUUUUUGUGGUGGGGGGUGGUGGGGGGGGUGGGGGUUGGGUUGUGGUGGGGGGUGGGGGUGGGGUGGGGGGUGGGGGUGGUGGGGUGGUGGUUGGUGGUGUGUUGGUUUGUGGUUGGGUUGGUGUGGGUUUGGGGGGGGGGUUUGGGUUUGGGGGUUUGGGGGGGGGGUGGGUUGGGGGGGGGGGUGGUGGUGGGUGGGGUUGUGUGGGGGUGUUGGGGGUGGUUGUGGUGGUGUUGUGGGGGGUGGGGGGUGGGGGGGUUAGGUUGGGGGGGGGGGGGGGGGGGGGGGGUGGGGUGGGGGGGGGGGGGGGGGGGGGGUUGGGGGGGUGGGGGGGGGGGGGGGGGGGGGGGUGGGUGGGUGGUGGGGGGGGGGGGUGGUUGGGGGGUUGGGGUGUGGUGGGGGGGGUGGUUUGUGUUUGGGUGUUGUUGUUUUUGUUGGGGGGUGGUUUGUGGGGGGGGGGGGGGUGUGGGUGUGUUUGUUGGGGUGGUGGGGGGGGGUGGGGGUGGUGGGGGGGGGGGGUGGGUGGGUUGUGGGGGGGGUUGGUGGGGGGGGGGGUGGUGGUGUUGGGUUGGGGGGGGUUUGUUGGGGUGUUUUGGGGUGUGGGGGGUUUGGGGGGGGGUGGUUUGGUUGUUUAUGGGUUGGGGUUGGGUUGUGUUGGUUGGGGGUUUGGUUUGUGGGUUGUGUUGGUUGUGUGUUUGGGGUGGGGUGGUGGUGGGGGGUGGGGGGUGGGGGGGGGUUUGGGGGGGGGAGGGGGGGGGGGAGGUGGGGGUGGGUGUGGGGUGGGGUGAGGGGGGGGGGGGGGGGGUGGGGGUGUGUGUGGUGUGGGGGGGUGUGUGUGGUUGUGGUUGUUGUUUGGGGGUGUGGGGGUGUGUGGGGGUGUGGGUGUGUUUGGGUGUGGGGUUGUUUGGGGUGGUGGUGGGGUGUGUGGUUGUGGGGGGUUUUGUGGGGUGUGUGGGGGUGUGUGGGGGGGUGUUGGGGGGUGUGUGUGGGUUGGGGGGGUUGUGUUGGUUGGGGGGUGUGUGUGGGGGGUGGGGGGGGGUUUGGGGGGUUGGGGGGUGUGUGUGGGUGUUGGGGGUGUGUGUGGGGUGGGGGUUGGGUGUGUGGUUUGGGGGGGGAGUUGUGUGGGGUGUGUGGGUUUUGGUGUGGGUGGGGGGGUUGGUUAGGUUGGUGUGGGGGGGGGGGGGUGGUGGGGUGGGGGGGUUGGGUGUGUGUGUGUUGUGUUUGGGGGUGGUUUGUGGGGUGGUGGUUGUGUGGGGUGUUGGAGGUUUGGGUGGGUUGGGGGGUGGGUGGGUGGUGGGGGGGUUUUGGGUGUGGUUGUUGGGUGGGGGGUGGAGGGUAGGUGUUUUGUUUGGUUUGGGGUGGGGGGUGGUUUGGGUGGGUGUGGUGUUGGGGGGGGGUGGGUUUUUGGUGGGGUGGGUGUUGGGGGGGGGUUGUGGGGGGGGUGUUGGGGUGUUGGGGGGUGGGGUUGGGGGGUUUUUGGGGGGGGGGUUUGGUUUUUGGGGGGUGUGGGGGGGGGGGGUUUUGGUGGUUUUGUUGUUGGGUGUGGGGGGUGGGGGGGGGGGGGGGUUGUAUGGGGGGUGGGGGGGGUGGGUUGGUUGUGGGUGUGUGGGUGGGGAGGGGGGGGGUGGGGUAGGGGGGGGGUGUUGUGGGUGUUGGUUUGUGUGUUUGGGGGUUGGGGGUUGGUGGGGGGGUGGGGGGGUUUUUGGGGGUUGGGGUGGGUGGGGGGGGGGUGGGGGGUGGGGUGUUGGGGGGGGGUGGGUUGGGGUUUGGGUGGGGGGGGGUUGUUUUGGGGGUUUGUUGUUGUGUAUUUGUGUGGGGGUUUGUUGUUGUGGGGGUGGUUGGGGGGGUUGUUUGGGGUGGUGUUGUUGGGUUGGUUGGGGGGGGGGGGGGGGUGUGGUGUUGGGUUUGUGUGGUUUGGGGGUGGUUGGGGUAAGUUGGUGUGGGGUGGGUAGGUUAGGGUGGGGGGGUGGGUUGGUUGUUGGGUGGGGGGGAUAUGGAUGUGUGGGUAUUUGUUUGGGGGGGUGGUUAGGGUUGUUUUGUUGGGGGUUGGGUUUGUGUGUGAUUGUGUGGGUGUGGUGUGUUUGUGUGUUGGUGUUGAAGGGGUGUAGUUAUGUUUGUGGGGGGGGGGUGUGGUUUGGGGGGUUUGUGGUGUGGUUUGGUGUUUGGGGGGGGAUUUUGGGAUGGGUGGUGGGGUUGGGGUUUGGGGGGUGGGUGUGUGGUGGUAUGUGUUGGGGGUGUUUGUGGUGGUUGGGGGUGAUUUUUGGUGUUGUGUGUUUUGAAUGUUUUGUGUGGUUGGGUGGGGGUGUUUGUGUGGUGUGGGUGUUUGUUUUGGGGUGGGUGUGGUUUGUGUGGGGGAUAUGGUUUUGGGGGGGGGGGGGUUGGGUGGGUGUUGUGGGGUGUUGGGGUGUGUGGUUUGGUUGUUUGGGUUGUGGUGUGUGGGGGGGGUGGGGUGGGGUUUUGUGUGGGUUGGUGGGGGGGGGGUGGGGGUGGGGUGUGUGGGGGGGUGGGGGGUGGGGGGUGUGUGGGGGGGUGGGGGGUGAUGGGUGUGUGGUUUGGUGGGGGGGGGUGGGUGUGGGGUGUGGGGUUUGUGUGGGUGUGUUGGGGGGUUGUGUGGGGGGGGGGUGUUUUUUUUGGGGUUUUGGGGGGGAGGUGUUGGGGGUGUGUUUGUUGGGGUUGGGUUGGUGUGUGGGUGGUGUGUGUGGGUGGGGGGGGGGGGGGGGGGGGUUGGUUGGGGGGGGGGGGUGUGGGGGGGGGGGGGGGGUGGGUGGGGGUUUGUGUAGGGGGGGUGGUGGGGUUUUGUGGUGGGGGGAGGUUGGUGGGGGUGGGGGGGUGGGUGGGUUGGGUUGGGUUUUUAUGGUGGGUGGGGGGGGUUUUGGGGGUUUGUGGGGGGGUUGUGAGGGGGGGGGGGGGGGGUUUGGUGGGGGUGGUUGGGGGGGGGUGGUGGUUUGGGGGUGGAGUGGGUUGGGGGGGGGGGGUGUUGUAUGGGGGGGGGGUUGGGGGGUGGUGGUGGGUUGGGGUGUGGUGGUGGGUGGGUGUUGGGGUUGGUGUGGGGUUUGGGUGGUGUGUGGGGUGUUGUUUGUGGGGUGGUGGGGUGUGUUGUGGGGGGGGUGUUUGUGUGUGGGUUGGGGUUUUUUGUUGGGUGGGGGGUUGUGUGUUUUUGUGGUGGUGGGUGUGGGGGGGGGGGGUGGUUGGGGGUGGUGUGUGUGGGGGGGGGUUUGGUUAUUUAGUUGUGGUUGGUGUGUGGGGUGUGUGGGGUUGGGGGGGGGGGUGGUUGUGUGGGGGGGGGGGGGGGGGGGGGGGGGGUGGGGUGGGUUUGGGGUGUGUGGGGGGGUUUGGGUUUGGUUGUUUUGGGUUGUGUGGGGGGUUGGGUUGGUGGGUGUGUUUUUGGGGUUGGUUGGGGAUGUUGGGGGGGGUUGGGGGGGGGGUGUUGGGGGGGGGGUGGUUGGGGGGGGGGGGGUUGGGGUGGUUGGUGGGGGGGUGGGUGGGGUGGUGGGGGGGGGUUUGGGGUGGUGUGUGGUGGUGGUUGGUGUUGGGGGUUGGGGGGGGGUGGGGUGGGUGUUUGGGGGGGGGGGGGUGGUGGGGGGGGGGGAGGUUGGGGGGGGUGGGGUUGGGGGUGUGGGGAGUAUUGUUUGGUAUUGUUGGGGGUUAGGUUGGUUUGUGGUGGGGUGUGGGGGGGGUGGGGGUGUGGGGGUUGGGGGGGGGUUGGGGAUUUUAGGUUGGUUGGGUUUUAUGUGUGUUUGUUUUGUUGUGUUGGGGUGGGGGGGUGGGGGUUGGUUUGGGUGGUUGUUAGUGUGUGGGGUUGGUGGUUGUUGGGUGGGGUGUUGGUUGGGGAUGUGGUGGGGGGGGGGGUGUGAUUGGUGUGGUUGGUUGGGGUGGUUGUGGUUUGUUGGUUUGGGGGGUGAGGUGUGGGUGUGGGGGUGUGGUUUUGGUUGGGUUGGGGGUGUUUGGGGGUGGGGUGGGGUGGGGUGGGGGGGGGUGUGGGUGGGGGGGGGGGGUUGGGGUGGGGGUGGGGGGGGUUGGUGGGGGGGGUUGGGGGGGGUGUUGGGGUGGGGUGGGGGUGGUGUGGUGGGGGGGUUGUGUUGUGGGGGGGGGGGGGGUGGGGGGGGGGUGGGGUGGUUGGGUUUUUGUAGUUUGGGGUGUAGUGUGGGGUGUGGUGUUUGGGGGGUGGGGUGGUGUUGUGUGGGGGGUGUGGGGGGUGGGGGAGGGGGGGGGGGUGGGGUUUUGUUUGUGAGGGGGGGGGUUGGGGAGGGGUUUGUUUGUUGUUGGGUGUGGUGUUGUGUGUGGGUAGGUGGGGGUGUUUUUUGGGGGUGUUGUGUGGGGGGGGGUGGGGGGGUUGGUUGGGGUGGGGGGGGGGGGGUUGGGGAUUUGAUGUGUUGUGUGGUGUGGGUGGUUGGGUGGUGGGUGUGGGUGGGGUGGGGUGGGGGGGGGUUGGUGGGGGGGGUAGGUGGUGGGUGGGUGUUUGGUUGGUUGUGGUUUGGGGGUGUUGGGGUGGUUGGUGGGGGUUGUGGGGGGGGGGGGGGGGGGUUGGUGGUGGUUUGUUGUUGGGGGGGGGGGUGGGGGGUUUGGUGGGGGGAGGUUGGUGUUUGUUUGGGGUUGUUGUUGUUGGGGGUUGGUGUGGUUGGGGGGGGGUGUGGUGUGGUUUGGUUGUGGGUUGGUGGGGGGUUGUGUUUUUGGGGGGGUGGGGGGGGGGGGUGGUAUAGUUUGGUGUUGUGUGGGGUUGGGUUUGGGUUGGGUUGGUUGGGGUGGUGUUGGGGUGGUGUUUUGGGGGGUUGGGGGGUUUUGGGGGGGGGUUUUUUGGGGGGUUUGAUUUUUUGGGUUUUUUGGUUGGGGGUGGUGUGGGGUGUGUUGGUGGGGGGGGGUUGUGGUGGUGUGUGGGGUUGGGUGGGGGGGGGGGGGUGGUGGGUGGGUUGGUGUUGGGGGUUGGUGUGGGGUUGGGUGGGGGGUGGUGUGGGGGUUUUUGGGGGUUGGGGUGUGGUGGGUGGUUUGUUGUGGGGUGGGGGGUUUGUGGGUUGUUGGGGGGGGGGUUGGGGGGAGGGUUGGGGGUUGGGGGGUGGGGGGGGGUGUGUUUGGGGGUUUUGGAGGGGGGGUUGGGGGAUGUGGGUGUUUUUGUUGUGGGGGGUUGGGGGGGGGGGGGUGGGGGUGUGGGGUUGGGGGGUUGGGUUGGGGUGGGUGUGUGGGGGGGUGGUUGUUGGUUUUUGGUGUGGGGGUUGGGGGGGGGGUGGGGGGUUGUGGGGGUGUGGUGGGUUGGGGGGGGUGUGUGGGUUGGGGUGGUGGGGGGGUGGGGGGGGGGGUGGGGGGGUUUGGGGGGUUGGGGGUUGGGUGGGGGGAGGGUGGGGGUGGGGGUGGGGGUGUGGGGGGGGUGUUGGGGGGGUGGGGUUGUGUGGGGGGUGGGGGGGGGGGGGGGGUGUUGGUGGGGGUGGGGUGGUGGGUGGGUGGGGGGGGGGGGGGGGGGUGGGGGGGGGGGGGGGUUGGUGGGUGGGGGUGGUUGUUUGUGUUUUGUUUGGUUGGGGUGGGGGGUGGGGGGGGGGGGUGGGUGUGGGGUUGUGGUGGGUGGGUUGUGGGUGGUUGGGGUGGUUGGUUGUGGUGGUUUUUUUUUGGGUGGUUUGGGGGUGGGUGUUGGGGGUGGGUUGGUGUGGUUGUUGGGUGGGUUGGGUGUGGGUGGGGUGGGGGUUGUUUGGGUUUGUGGUUGGGGUGUUGGGGGGGGGGUGUGGGUUGGGGGGGGGUUUGGUGUGGUGGGUGGGGUGGGGGGGGGGGGGGGGGGGGGGUGGGGGGGUGGGGGGGGGUGGGGGGGGGUUGUGUGGGGGGUUGUGGGGGGUUGGGGUGUGGGGGGGGGGGGGGUGGGGGGGGGGGGGGGGGGGUGGGGGGUGUUGGUGGGUGGGGGGGGGGGGGGGUGGGGGGGGGGGGGGGGUGUGGGGGUUGGGGGUGGGGGGGGGGGGGGGGGGUGGGGUGGUGAUUGGGGGGGGUGGGGGGGGGGGGGUGGGGGGUUGGUGGUGGGGGGGUGGGGUGUUGGGUGGGGGGGGGUUUUGGGGGGGGGUGGGGGGGGUGGGGGUUUGGGGGUGUGGGUGGGGGGGGGGGGGUGUGGGGGUGGUGUGGUGGGGGUUGGAGGGUGGGGGGGGUGUUUUGGGGUUGGGUAUGGUGGGUGGGGGUGGGGUGGUUGGUGGGGGGGGGGGUGGUUGGGGUUGUGUUUUUUGUGUUGGGUUGGGGGGGGGGGUUGGGUGGUGGGGGUGGGAGGUGGUGGGGGGUGGUGUGGGGGGGUGGGGGUGGGGGGGGGUGGUUGUGUGGGGGGGGGUGGGUGGGGGGGGGGGGGGGGGGUGGGGGGGGGGGGUGGGGGGGGGGGGGGGGGUGGGGGGGGGGGGGGGGGGUGGGUGGGGGGGGUGGGGGGGUGUGUUGGGGGGGGGGGGGGGUGGGGGGGGGGGGGGGGGUGGGGGGGGGGGGGGUGGGGGGGGGGGGGGGGUGGGGGGGGGGGUGGGGGGGGGGGGGGGGUUGGGUGGGGGGGGGGGGUGGGGGGGGGGGUGGGGUUUUGUUUUUUUGGGGGGGGGGGGGGGGGGGGGGUGGGGGGGGGGGGGGUGGGGGGGGGGGGUGGGGGGGGGGGUGGGGGGGGGGGUGGGGGGGGGGUGGGGGGGGGUGGGUGGGGGGGGGUGGGGGUGGGGUGGGGGGGGGGGGGGGGGGGGUGGUGGGUGGGGUGGGGGGGUGGGGGGUGGGGGGGGGGGGGGGGGGGGUGUUGGGGGUUGUGGGGGUGGUUUUGGGGGUGGGGUGGGUUGGGGGUGGGGUGUGUGGGUUGGGGCGUGUGGGUGGGGUGGUUGUGGUGUUGUGGGUUGGGGUUGUUUUGGGGGGGUGUGGUGGGUGUUUGGGGGGGGGUGGUGUUGGGGGGGGGGGGAUGUGUGUGUGUGUAUAUUGUUUGGUGGUGGGUGGGGGGGGGGGGGUUUUUUGGGGGUUGUUGGGGUGUGUGGGGGGGGGGGGGGGGGGUGUUGGUGGUUUUUGGGGGGAGAGUGGGGGGGGUGGGUGGUGGAGGGGGUUGGGGGUUGGGGGGUUUUAGGGGGGUUGGUAGGGGGGGGGGGGGAUGGGUUUGGGGGGGUGGGGUGGGUGGGGUUGAAGACGGAGGAUGGUUGGUUGUUGGUGGUGUGGGUGUUGUGGGAUAUGAUUGGGGUGAGGUGGGGUUGGGGGGGUGUUGAGGAUAGGAUUUUGGGGUGGGGGUGUUUUUGGGAGGGGUUGGUAUAA